AUGGCUUCCCGAAUUCUCAGCCGCGUCUCGCGGAGACGCCUGUCCGCCGUCGCGGACUCCGCGUUCCCCUCAUACGCGCCCACAGGAGCCCUGCGCGCGUUCGGCGGCGUGCGGUGGUUCGCGACGAGCCCCGAGGAGAACGACAUCGUCGUCAUUGGCGGCGGGCCCGGUGGGUACGUGGCGGCGAUCAAAGCGGCGCAGCUGGGUAUGAAGGUCACUUGCGUGGAGAAGCGCGGCGCGCUGGGCGGCACGUGCCUGAACGUGGGGUGCAUUCCAUCCAAGGCGCUACUGGAGUCAUCGCACAUGUACCACGAGGCGAAGCACUCGUUCGCGGCGCACGGCGUCAAGGUGGCGGGGUUGGAGGUGGACUUACCGGCCAUGAUGGCGCAGAAGACCGGCGCUGUCGCCGGGCUCACCAAGGGCAUUGAGGGGCUGUUCAAGAAGAACAAGGUCACCUAUGUGAAAGGCCACGGUAAGAUUGUCGGCCCGAACGAGGUGGCUGUGUCCCUGCUGGACUCCCCCGGGGAGACCAAGAGCAUUGGCGCCAAGAACAUCAUCAUCGCCACCGGGUCCGACGUGCGCCCGCUGCCGGGGCUGCAGAUCGACGAGAAGAAGAUCGUGUCGUCCACGGGCGCGCUGAGCCUGGACGCCGUGCCGAAGAAGCUGGUGGUGGUGGGCGGGGGGGUGAUAGGGCUGGAGCUGGGGUCGGUGUGGGGGCGGCUGGGCGCGCAGGUGACGGUCGUGGAGUUCAUGGACGGCAUUGGGGGGUACAUGGACAAUGAGAUCCGCCGCACCUUCCAGCGCACCCUGCAGAAGCAGGGCUUUAAGUUCAUGCUCUCCACCAAGGUGGUCUCUGCGGACGCGUCGGGCAACGGCGUGGUGCUGGAGGUGGAGCCGGCCAAGGGCGGCGAGAAAACGAAGCUGGAGGCGGACGUGGUGCUGGUGGCGACGGGGCGAGUGCCGUACACGGAGGGGCUGGGACUGGAGGAGGUGGGCGUGCAGAAGGACAAGGCGGGGCGCAUUGUGGUGGACGACAAGUUCCGCUCCUCCGUGCCGAGUGUGUUUGCCAUUGGGGACGCCAUUCCCGGCCCCAUGCUGGCGCACAAGGCGGAGGAGGAUGGUAUUGCGUGUGUGGAGAAUCUGGCAGGGAAGCACGGGCAUGUGAAUUACGCGACGGUGCCGGGGAUUAUUUACACGCACCCGGAGGUGGCCAUGGUGGGUAAGACGGAGGAGGAGGUGAAGGAGUCAGGUGUAGAGUAUCGCGUGGGGAAGUUCCCCUUCAUGGCGAACAGCCGCGCGCGCACGAUCGGGGACUCGGAGGGCAUGGUGAAGAUCAUAGCGGAGAAGGCGAGUGACAAGGUGGUGGGCGUGCACAUAGUGGGGCCGAGUGCGGGCGAGCUGAUCAUGGAGUGUGUGCUGGCCAUGGAGUAUGGCGCCAGCAGUGAGGACAUCGCCCGCACGUGCCACGGCCACCCCACGCUCAGUGAGGCCGUCAAGGAGGCGGCGCUGGCCACGCAUGGCAAGCCCAUCCACAUGUGA